UAAUAAGUAAAGAGGAUUCCCCAGACAGAUGUGACUACAUCACAGAUCGAAUUUCAGUUUAAUUAUACCUAGUACCUUCAGGCAAAAAGCACCUCUUGAACAAAUUUUCAAGACUAUCGACUAUCGAAAGGCUUGAAGAGUCAGUCAUCAUGGCUUUGUCAUUAAUAAAGGGUGCAUUGGUUAUUUUGAAUGCUGUCGGAUUUGUUACCAAACUUAUAUUCAACAAAGAAGCAACCAAAGUCUCUAAGAUUUUUCCAAGAAAGACUGGCGAAGUUUCUGACAAAGUAGAGACUGAUCUCACACCUGCAGCUGCUACAUUUGCAAUUUGGGGAGUCAUUUACUUUUUUCAGGCGUCUUGGAUAACGUACUCAGUGUCGCUGCUCUUUAGGCCAAGUGCCCCCGACGUACUUCCUGUAUCGUUUUAUCUCGCCUACCUUUGUGCCAGUGUCUUAAAUAUCACAUGGCUGCUAGUAUGGGCUCGACGAAAAUUCGCUAUUGCAUCUGCAAUCUUAGUUUUUCUAGCACUCAGCCUAGCUACCUGUUUGUUUUAUGCGUACAGUAAUUUGUACUUGUAUAUCAGCAAUUUCAGCGGAGAUCAAGACAAAAUAAACACAGACAUGUGGUGCCAAAGAGUCCUUGUUCAAAAUGGCAUAAUGAUUUACACUGCAUGGGUAGCGAUUGCAUCUUGCAUCAAUUUUGCUAUAUUUCUGCAGACUGGACUGGGCGUACCAAGGAACAAGGCUGGCACAAUUGCUCUUACAAUACUGCUAUCAAUUGCAACAUGUUGGUUUUUCUUAGAGAAUUUUCUAUUCAGGAAACACACGAAAUACACAUUUUCUGAGUAUCUCGUUCUCAUCAUAGGUCUAAGAGGUGUGCUGAAAAAACAAUGGACUGAUGGUCGUGGAAACCAGAAAUUUGUUCUGGCCAUCUUUAUUGUUUCUUGUUUAAUGCUUGUAGCUCGAUUUCUGAUUAUGUUUGUAUCAAAAUAGACAACUGCUACAGCUAUACCUUAUUUGAAAUGCAUAAAAUAAGCAUAUUGUUAACAAGUAACAAUUAAGUAAUUAGCAUAAUACUUUAUUACCAGGGAUGGCGCCAGAAAAGAAAUGCUGGGGGGCUGUAAUGUCCGAGUGCCGACAGUCAGUGAACCACCCACAAAGAUGUAUUAUCAUAUCCUGCCCCCAAGCACCCCCAGUGGCGCCAUCCCUGUUUAUUACUAUAGUUGAAUCUGGCAUUGAUUUACACCAGGGGUGCUGCAGAUGGGGUUUGUUGGACUCAGGUCCCAAUUAAAGAGAUUUUAGGGAAGGGGCUCAGCCCCUUAACAAAUGAGCAUGUGUUUGAUUUGGCAAAUUCUUUAUUGGCAGCCUUCUGUGAAAAAUUUCCUAUCAGUCUUUUUGAGUCUGUGAAUAGUUUACACUCAACAGAGAAUUUUUAACACAAAUGCAGCUAUAUUGGUGUGAUUAUGGUUGUGGUCUUGGGUGUUGCAUCUAGAAGUUGCCUUCAGCACAACUACCCUCCUCACCUUUUAGGUAAACACCCUUGGGUGUACAGAUAAAAAAAUUUAAACUUACAGCAAGAUGUCUGGAACACAUGCUACAUUUGUGCAGUUCUUGGUUUGAAUUGUUUCUGAGAAGUUCAAAGGGAGUUUUGGCAGAGAUAUGAUCCUUUAAAUGGGACCAAAUAUUUAGCUACAUAUGAAUGACCUAGGAUUAAACCAAAAAGUCAUCCCUAACCCCUGACUAUGACAAGGUAAAUGGCAGACAGUUGUCAGGAAGAGAUAUAGCUGCCCUUUUCCUAAAUUCAACAAUUACAGUAUGAUUUUGCUUUGAAAGGGUAAUAAGAGGUAUUCAAAGCCUUGCUUCUUAAAUAGAAUAAGCACCCCAUCCCCAUUAAUCGUAGCAACCCCACCCCAUUAAUAAUACUAAGCCUACCCCCUCCCUUCAUAUAAUAAGCAUACCUUCUAUCAUUUACUAAGCAUUCAUCAGUUGACAAGAAUAGUUGUGGAGUUCUAAAUAAGUAAAUUUUCUUUAUAGUGAAUCGUUUUAGAUCUGUUAACUCUAUUUAUCUAUAUAUUUAAAAAUUUUGUGCGCUA